UCUAGCAAGCGCUGAGCAGCCUGCAUAACCGAUUACAGAUUCAUCGAUCCUGCUACCCGUGCUUUAUUUUCACCAUGGAGAAACCUGUGGGUUCUUUACAAGAGCAAGCUUUGAAAAGGAAAGAAAGAUUAAAAGCUCUACGAGACCGGCAACUUCAAGGACAGGCACCUGAGGAUGGAGAGCCUGAGAGAAAAAGAGCUCUGGAGGACUCUGAGACAGAGGACAGACACAGAGAGCUGAAGCUGAGGAAUUACACGCCGGAGGACGAGGAGCUGAAGGAGAGACAGGUGCCCAAAGCAAAACCUGCAUCAGUGGAGGACAAGGUCAAGGACCAGCUGGAAGCUGCAGACCCAGAGCCUGUGAUUGAGGAAGUGGAUCUGGCCAAUCUUGCCCCCAGAAAACCAGACUGGGAUCUAAAGAGGGACGUUGCCAAGAAGCUUGAGAAAUUAGAGCGGCGAACACAGAAAGCUAUUGCUGAACUUAUACGUGAACGGCUCAAGGGAAGCGAGGAAGAGCUGGCUGGAGUGGUUGGAGCAGUUGGCAUGGAAGAGGGAGACUCGGAUUGAAUCUGUGUUGAGAAUGACAGUCUCGUACAACAGGUUUUCUAGAAGUUUCCAGCCCAUUUCCCAUUACAUAGCAGUGUGUGUUUAAAAUGGAUUUCUUAUGCUGAGCUCAGCAUGAGUUUACACACAACCAGAUCAGGUGAUUAGAAGUGUGAGUGUUUGUGUGUGAGAGAAUGAAAGAGAUACAGGUGUUUUCAUAUGGAGUACACAAAGAA